AUGAAGCUGACCUGGUCCAAAGGACAAGGCCUAGCACAAAAGUGUUUCACUGUAGGCGUUCCUACACAGAGUGCCACUGUAGGCGUUCCUACACAGAGUGCCACUAUAAGCGUUCCUACACAGAGUGCCACUGAAGGCGUUCCUACACAGAGUGCCACUGUAAGCAUUCCUACACAGAGUGCUACUGUAGGCGUUCCUACACAGAGUGCCACUAUAAGCGUUGCUACACAGAGUGCCACUGUAGGCGUUCCUCCACAGAGUGCCACUAAAAGCGUUCCUACACAGAGUGCCACUGUAGGAGUUCCUACACAGAGUGCCACUGUAAGCGUUCCUACACUGAGUGCCACUGUAGGCGUUCCUUCACAGAGUGCCACUGUAGGCAUUCAUACACAGAGUGCCACUGUAGGCGUUCCUACACUGAGUGCCACUGUAGGCAUUCCUUCACAGAGUGCCACUGUAGGCAUUCCUACACAGAGUGCCACUGUAAGCGUUCCUACUCAGAGUGCCACUGUAGGUGUUCCUACACAGAGGGCCACUGUAGGUGUUCCUACACAGAGUGCCUCUGUAGGUGUUCCUACACAGAGUGCCACUGUAGGCGUUGCUACACAGAGUGCCACUGUAGGCGUUCCUACACAGAGUGCCACUAAAAGCGUUCCUACACAGAGUGCCACUGUAGGCGUACCUACACAGAGUGCCACUGUAAGCGUUCCUACUCAGAGUGCCACUGUAGGUGUUCCUACACAGAGUGCCUCUGUAGGUGUUCCUACACAGAGUGCCACUGUAAGCGUUCCUACACAGAGUGCCACUGUAGGUGUUCCUACACAGAGUGCCACUAAAAGCGUUCCUACACAGAGUGCCACUAGUGCCACUGCAGGCGUUCCUACACAGAGUGCCACGGUAAGCGUUCCUACACAGAGUGCCACUGUAAGCGGUCCUACACAGAGUGCCACUGUAGGCGUUCCUCCACAGAGUGCCACUAAAAGCGUUCCUACACUGAGUGCCACUGUAAGCGUUCCUACACUGAGUGCCACUGUAGGCAUUCCUUCACAGAGUGCCACUGUAGGCAUUCCUACACAGAGUGCCACUGUAGGCGUUCCUAUACAGAGUGCCACUGUAGGCAUUCCCACACAGAGCCACUGUAGGCGUUCCUACACACAGAGUGCCACCGUAGGCCUUCCUACACAGAGUGCCACUGUAGGUGUUACUACACAGAGUGCCACUGUAGGCGUUCCUCCACAGAGUGCCACUAAAAGCGUUCCUACACAGAGUGCCACUGUAAGCGGUCCUACACAGAGUGCCACUGUAGGCGUUCCUCCACAGAGUGCCACUAAAAGCGUUCCUACACAGAGUGCCACUGUAAGCGGUCCUACACAGAGUGCCACUGUAGGCGUUCCUAUACAGAGUGCCACUGUAGGCAUUCCCACACAGAGCCACUGUAGGCGUUCCUACACACAGAGUGCCACUGUAGGCGUUCCUACCCAGAGUGCCACUGUAGGCGUUCCUACACACAGUGCCAGUGUAGAGAUUCCUACACAGAGUGCCACUGUAGGCGUUCCUCCACAGAGUGCCACUAAAAGCGUUCCUACACUGAGUGCCACUGUAAGCGUUCCUACACUGAGUGCCACUGUAGGCGUUCCUUCACAGAGUGCCACUGUAGGCAUUCCUACACAGAGUGCCACUGUAGGCGUUCCUAUACAGAGUGCCACUGUAGGCAUUCCCACACAGUGCCACUGUAGGCCUUCCUACACACAGAGUGCCACUGUAGGCGUUCCUACACAGAGUGCCACUGUAGGCGUUCCUACACAGAGUGCCACUGUUGGCAUUCCCACACAGUGCCACUGUAGGUGUUCCUACACAGAGUGCCACUGUAGGCGUUCCUCCACAGCGUGCGUCGCCUUAAUUUUGUUCGGGAUAUCCCGUUACUUAUGUUGCUCGAUUGAACCAGGUACUACUGUUGCCUUCACAGAGUGCCACUGUAGGCAUUCCCACCCAGUCCCACCGCAGGCGUUCCUACCCACAGUGCCACUGUAG